CAGCCCGUACUGCCAAGAUCACUGUUAUGCGCAUGGGGUGUAUUCCUUACAAUAUUUAUCAGUUGAAGGCUUGUGUGUUUUGUUAUUCAAUAAUCAGUUAUUGUAGGAUUCGUCAGAGAUCUCUGUGUAUUUUAAAUUAAUAGGACACAAGGAAAUAACGAUUAUAUUAAAAUGUAUUUUUCUUUAUUGAUUUCUUGUCCCGAUUCAUUCAGAAACAUUUCCGGUAACUUCCCCAUUCGGCUCUGACGCGUCGUCUUUCCGAUAAUUGAUUCUGUUCUGGGAAGAGCGAGUUAGCUGAAACGCCAUCUUUAUUCCAGUCCCUUAAAAUUAUUUUUCAUCUUAUUUUGUCUUCUUCCGGAGCGGUGUUUUGUUUCGGUUUCACUCCCAAUCAGUGAUCUCGUUGUGAAUAAUUUCGGCUUUACGCAAAGAUCCAAGACCAGGACAGAUCACUCCUUCUAAAAAUUUAGAUUUUUUUGCGGUUUGGAAUAGAUAAAACCAAAGGCGUGCAAGUGCAGAAGAUGAUGUCGCUUGCAAUCUUUGUUUCACUUCUGUCCUUGAUGUUGCUGCACUACGGGCAGGCUCAGCUGAUUAUAACCAAAGAGGCGCAGAAUGGUACCUACUGUUCUGCUGCAUUAUUGAAAUGUAUUGUGACCAACCUGAGACAGAAUAAAAUCCAAAAUAUGGUUUUAAUCUGGAAAUUAAAUAAUGAAGAAAUCUACGGUUUUAAUGGUGAAGAUGGAAAAGAACGGAAGUUGGAUUCUGUCGGUCCACAGGUAGAUUUAAAAGCCUUGGCACAUGGAAACGCUUCCAUUUGGUUGAAAUCCCCCAAACCUGGAAAUUACACUUGCUACGUGUUGGAAGGGAGCUCAGAGGGAAGCGGCGUCUUCAAAUUUACAGAAGUGUGGGAUAAUUAUACAUUCCCAAGACCACAAGCAGUAGUCCUUUAUGUGGUGUUUGCUGCUGUGACUGUUGUACUCGUCCUCCAAAUCCUUUUUUACCAUUUGGGUGGUUAUGAUCAGAAAGCUAAAGCAUACUGUCUGGGGGUCUUCUCCAUUGUCCUUAUUAUAGUGGGACUUUCAUUAUUUUCCAAAGGGGUCAGUGACGGAGUGACAGGAAACAGCAACAUUGGAUUUGUCAUCACAGUGUUUUCCAUGGUGGUUGUGUUGAUCAGUCAAGCAUUUUACUGGUUCAAAGGAAUAGCUGCCAGCAACAAAGCAAAGUAUUAUCUCCCUUUGUAUUCUACUAUCCCGAUGAAGGUUGUUGGUUUUGUCAUCUCUCUUGUUGGUUUCGGUAUUUGGGUCUCCAACGUCUUAUCUGCAACUGCACCAGAUUGUGGUCUUCUUGAAAUUAGCGCUAACAUCGCCCUUAGCGGUGUGGUCAUCUUUGCAAUAGCUGAAAUUGUGGAAUUCAUUUUUUGGUACUGCUUCAAAGGGCAAACAAAAUCAGAAUCGGAAAAAUCAAAUCCAAAGGAAAGUGCACCACUAAGUACCACGGAAUCCAAAUAACAAACCAGAUCAGGGGAGUGAGGAGAGAUAAGAUCCUGGGGUCCUUUGGCUUUGCAGAAAAUGUGCAAUACAAUUCCACCAAAGGAAAAAGGAAGAUGGAGCUACAUAUGGUAACUCAGUGCUGUGUGUUUGAUAUUAUUCGUCAUGCAGUUUGCCUAGGAAAAAGCACUUAGUGAACAUAACUAAUAUGUGUAUGUCCAGAAUAACUUGUCUGUACAGGACUGAAAUUAAAUGUAUAAAUAAAACAAAGACAAUUUCUUAAAUUUUGAGUUACAUUAAAAUUGAAUUAAAAACAUUGAUUCCAAUUUAAUGCCUAUAAGUUUUAGAUUUCAUGCUCUCCCAACUGUAAAUUCCUCUUAUUUCUAAGGGAGUGUAGUUAAUAGAUUUGAAUGUCACCUGUAGGUGAAAACAUUCAGUACAGAAGCUUUUGUGAAGUGUCACCCGCAAUUGACAUUAGCUACACAGAUUUGAAGAGGGAUUGCCAUGUUUGGAAUCUUGGAAUCUUUAACAUUUUAAUAAAACAUAGUGUUUUUGUAAGAGCCAGAAUAGCUGUAGACCAAAAUAAAUGUGUAUCGGAAGUAUAAAGGCUACCAGUAUAGGAUGGAUGAUUGACAUUGAGCCCAUAGAGACACACCUACUGAAUGUAUAGUCUAUGUGCACUGCUUAUCAAAUUGAGGUUUUUUUAUAACUUUGCUUACUUAUAAAUGUUCAAAUGUUUGUAAACCUUGGCUUAAGUAAAAAUUUGUUUAAACACUGCAUAUUGCGAAGAAGCUACUGCUUUGUUAGAAUGUGUUGAUGUGCUUUUGUUUUAACGUAAAAACUGCAUGAGCAGUUGAGGUAUUUACUACACUUUGGAAUUUGCUGUAUUUACGUAAAGGUUAAUAAAUUGUUCUGGAAUAAAUGCUCAAGGAGACUUGU